AUGAGAAAUGUACACUUUGGCUCUGAGAUCCCGGGACCUUCCGUAAAUUAGAAAAGUAACAAGGACAAUAUCUGCCUGCUUUAUCCUGAAUCAAUCUUCACCGUCCGAUCCCACCGAUCCUACGGCCGUCCCUUCCUCAAAUCUCAAAACCAUAUCCACCAGAAAUCACUGCACCCCAUAAACUUCACCGCCAGUUCUUCUCCACUGCCUCAACUGAUCGGAAAAUCUCACAACAAUGGCCGCCGUCGCCGUCAAAACCUUUGUCGGCCUCCGCCGGAUCUCGCCGGAGAACAACGACAUCCGCCUCCACAAGCCACCCGCCGGAUCUACACAACACCACCGGAAAUUCCGCGUAAUUGCCUCAAAAUCAAGCCCAAGAGUCGCCGGCCGGAACCUCAGAGUCGCGGUGGUCGGCGGAGGACCUGCAGGCGGCGCCGCCGCGGAGACGCUCGCGAAAGGAGGAAUCGAAACGUACCUAAUCGAAAGAAAGAUGGACAACUGCAAACCCUGCGGCGGAGCUAUUCCUCUCUGUAUGGUCGGCGAAUUCGACCUCCCGCUCGACAUCAUCGACCGGCGAGUCACCAAAAUGAAGAUGAUCUCGCCGUCGAACGUCGCCGUCGACAUCGGACAGACGCUUAAGCCGCACGAGUACAUCGGAAUGGUCCGCCGGGAAAUCCUUGACUCCUACCUCCGCGACCGCGCCGCCGCCGCCGGCGCAAACCUAAUCAACGGACUGUUCCUGAAAAUGGAAAUCCCCAACUCCAAAACGACGCCGUAUCUGUUAACAUACACAGACUACAACGCCAAGGCCAGCGCCGCCGGCGAGAAGAAAACUCUGGAAGUCGACGCCGUAAUCGGCGCCGACGGCGCCAACUCGCGCGUCGCCAAAGGCAUAAACGCCGGCGACUACGAGUACGCCAUAGCUUUCCAGGAGCGCGUUAGAAUCUCCGACGAGAAAAUGAAGUACUACGAAAACCUAGCAGAAAUGUACGUCGGAGACGACGUCUCCCCCGACUUCUACGGCUGGGUAUUCCCCAAAUCCGACCACGUCGCCGUCGGCACCGGCACCGUCACACACAAAAACGACAUUAAAAAGCUCCAAAUCGCGACGAGACUCCGGGCGCGCGACAAAAUCGCCGGCGGCAGAAUCAUCCGCGUGGAAGCGCAUCCAAUCCCGGAGCAUCCUCGGCCGCGGCGCGUGCUCGACAGAGUAGCUCUGGUCGGCGACGCGGCGGGGUACGUAACGAAGUGCUCCGGCGAGGGGAUCUACUUCGCGGCGAAGAGCGGGCGGAUGUGCGCGGAGGCGAUCGUGGAAGGAUCGGAGAACGGAAAGAGGAUGGUGGAGGAGAGCGAUCUGAGAUCGUACCUAGAGAAAUGGGACAGGACGUAUUGGCCGACGUACAAGGUGCUGGACAUUCUGCAGAAGGUGUUCUACAGGUCGAAUCCGGCGAGGGAGGCGUUCGUGGAGAUGUGCGCCGACGAGUACGUGCAGAAGAUGACGUUCGACAGCUAUUUGUACAAGAGAGUGGUGCCGGGGAAUCCAUUGGAGGAUCUGAAGCUGGCGGUGAACACCAUCGGAAGUUUGAUUAGGGCAAAUGCUCUGAGGAAGGAGAUGGAGAAGAUAACUGUAUAAGAAGACUAAAGGGGCGACUACGCUGCACCGCGGUGCACUGCGCCGCCGUGUCGUUUCGUACGCUGCUGCUGCUGGCGCUGCCGCUGCCUUUUCUUUUCUUUUCCUUUUUUUUUUUUUUUUUUUAAACUAAUGUAAGGUAAACGAUAUUUAUUCGCUUAUAAAUUAUUAUUAUUUUUUUUUUAA